AUGGCGCCGCGCGCGGCGCCGCCGCCGAAGCGCGCGCCGCGCGCGCGGAAGAAGGCUGUCCUCUCCGACGCCGCGCUCCUCGCGGAGCUGAGCGGCUCCGACGGCGACGGCGGCGGCGACGACGACGACGACGAUCUCGAGGACGUCGACGCGCUGGAGCGACGGCUGCGCGCGGAGCUCGCGUCCAUGCCGAUGGACGCGCUCGCGCUCGAGGAGGCGGCGCUCGUGGCGGCCAUCAACGCGCCGCCGGGGGAGGAUUCCGAAGACGAGGCCGAGGCGCUCGCGCGCGAGAUCCUCAGGGAGCAGGCGGAGGAGGACGCGGCGAGGGAGGAGGCGAGGAGACGGAGGGCGACGACGAAGCGCGCGACGUCCGUCGUCGAGGCGUCGUCGUCGUCGUCGUCGUCGUCGUCGUCGUCGUCCGUCGCGGAGCUGCGCGCCGCGUGCCUCGACGCGAAAAGAGAGGCGGUGCGACUGAAGCGCGCGGGGGAGAUGGAAGGCGCGAGGGAGGCGCUGAGACGCGCGAAGGCGCUCGCGUCGAGAGCGGACGCGAUCGAGGCGGAGGUGUCGCGCGCGUCCCCUUCUUCGCCGCGCUCGCCGCCGCCGCCGUCGCCGUCGACGGCGACGCCGGCCGACGCCGCGGCCGCCGCGCUCGCGGACGCGAUGCGAGCGCUGAACGAGUCGUCCGUCGACGUGGACGACGACGUGGACGAUGACGUGGAAGGUGACGUGGACGAUGACGCGGACGGCGGCGCGGCGUCGGACGCGCGGCUGGCGGAGCUCGCCGCUGCGGCGGUGGACGCGGAGCGAGAAGCGGUCGCGAAGAAGCGCGCGGGGGACGUGGACGGCGCGAGGGAGGCGCUGCGGCGGGCGAGAGCGCUGCGGGCGACGAUCGACGCGGCGGCCGCGGCGGCGGAGUUGGAGGAGGAGGAGGAGGAGGAGGAGGAGGCGAAAGAGGCGAAAGAGGCGACGGCGGACGCUGCGGACGCUCUCCUCGCCGCCGAGCACGGCGCGUCCGACGACGACGUCGUCGUCGCGUCGCGGAAGAAGAAGAUCGAGGCUCUCGACGCGGAGUGCCUCGCGCUGAAGCGCGACGCGCUGGCGAAGAAACGUGAGGGCGACCUCGACGGCGCGCGCGCGUCGUUGCGAGCGGCCAAGGCGAAAGCCGCGGAGGCGGAGGCGACGAGAGACGCGGCGACGUGA